UGUUCGUUGUCAAAUCAACGAAUUAGUUUCACUUUGGAGUUGUUUUAACACUAGCAAAAAAUUCAUUUUCAUGAUUGGAAUGCAAUAUUCCCAAUCCCUUUGGCACAACGUCCUCGGAGAGCACAAAAUUACUAGCACACAAUGAGUCAUGCAAUGCAGGGACCGCAUCCGUAUCCGAUCCGACCCCAAACCGACAUCUUUCACGGCGAUCCAUUCAAAAUUCAGUCGUACAAAUUUCGCUAUGCCGAGCGACCCGUCUACCCAGUACAGCACUACCAGCGGCCCGAGCCACAGCCACAGUCGAGCCCUAGCCGAGCGCCGCAGUUCGAGACUUACUAUCGGAAUGCCAAGUUUUCCAGCGAUCCCGAGUGUGCUCCGGCGCCUCCGAGCGCCAGGUUGGUGCAGCAGGACAGCGCUUCAUUUGCGGAGAACAGGCGCCGCAGGUGCCUGCGCGACUCCCAGUUGCAGCAUAAUGUCUCGACGGAUUCUCCGCUGCUAAAGAGCUGCUGCAACCGCGGCGACUAUCAGGCAAUGGAUCGGGGACAGAGCGCCACGUCUCUCUAUCGGCGCUGCAGCACUAAUGCAGCGUCCAUGAGCGCCUCUAGGGCAACAUUUGAGAAGAGGGAAGGGAGUUGGCAUCAGUCGGUUGCUGGUAGCAGCAGCUCCAGCAUCCAGCUGCUGCCCAAGAGAAGCGGCUGCAGUGGCUGCGAGAUAAACACUAACAUGGCGGCCCAGGACUCGCAAUCGGAGGCGGACAACAAUUUGAGAAUCAAGAUUGAGACGGACAGCUGCCUGCUGAACAACACGGACAGGGCAAAGCAACCGACAAGACAACAGAGCUCAAGCAGUGCCAGCCGAUCCUCGGUCAGCUUUGGCAUAGACAAGCGAUUGUCCAAGUUCAGUGUGGCCGGAAAGAAGCCCAGGAUAAGCGCGGAGCAGGCUGCCAAGCAACGGGUUACGGAGCGGGAGCUGGAGCUGAAGAUGGAGCGAGAACGCGCCGGGCAGCGGGAGAGGGAGCGCGAGAAUCUGCGCCAGCAGGAGAGGCAACGGGACUACGAGCGGCUCCUCGAACUGGAGGUGGAGAGGGAGUCUCAGCGACGCAAGGAGUACCAUGAGUACCAGGAACUCCAGCGACGGGCAGAGCAGAAGCGGCGGGAAGUGCCGAUGCCGAUGCCGAUGCCCAUACCCGCCCAUAAUCCCGUGAUGAUGAGCUCCCAUCUGUACAGGCGCACCUCCGACGAUCGUCUGCCCGGCAUGGUACACUUCUGUGACCGUCCGCCUGCCGCUGCCUGUAAGCGGCCUCAGCCUCUGCAGAGCUGCAACAAGUAUCUGCCAUCGCUGCGGGGCCAAAAGAAGCCCACAGCUACGACCGCGCCUCCUCGCGCCUCCACGUUCACUGCUGCUUCUCCUAUCCCCAUGUACACUUCGGCUCGUACUGUUCCCAAGUACACUCCAGCUCCUGCGGAACCCAAGUACAGUCCAGCUCCUGCUGUUCCCAUGUUCAGUAGAGCUCCUCUUGUCAGCCCUUCCAGAAGUCUAGAGCGGAGCAGUUCGGGCACAUCGAACGGCAAUGUCCAUGUGUCGGUGAGCACCAAUGGGAGCCAUCGGCCAUCGACCACAGAGUUGAACGAGCAGAAGCAGCUGAACUCCGACUCCCCCAUUCUCACUCGGCUCAAUAAUAUGCCCAUUAGGAUAACCACGUCGCGUCCCCGAGACGGGGAUCUGGAGUUCUCCAUUAACCAAGUGCGGCUGCGAAAUCAUUCACCCAUUCCGGGUGUGGCUCCACGGCUGAGCAGCAGUCGGCUGCUACAGGGGGACGACAGCUCCGUGCACUCCUUGAAUGUCAAUAUCAAUGUCUAUGCGGAUAGCAACUCGCGUCGGAUGCGUAUGUAGAGGAGGGAGAGUCUAAGCAUGGGUAGGAUCAACAUCGGGACAAUUCUGGAACCCUGACCCUCAGGCAGGUGCUUUCGUAAAAGGAAUUUGUUUCAGAGUCGAUCUGAUGUUGAACCCACCCAUAAACAUAAUCAAAUAUAUCCCAGAUGCGGCACUCGUCU